AUGCCACGGCCUGUCCGCAUAGCCAUCUGCCAGUUCGCCAGUGAGCCACCCAGACCAGACGACCGACAUGCCCAGGAGACGAACGUCCAUCGCAAUCUUGCCCGGACAGCGUCAUUCGUCGCAGAUGCUGCCAAGCAGAGAGCAGACGUUAUCGUCUUUCCUGAGUACUGGUUGACCAACAUUAUGGCUGACCACCUGCACCUCGCUACCGAAGAAGAGGAAUUUGUAGAGGAUCUACAGCAGCUCGCUAAGAAGUACGGCGUCGAUAUCGUGGCAGGCACGAUCGUCGAAAAGUCAGCCGGUGACAACGAUAAGCUCUUCAACACUUCGCGGUAUGUCAGCAAGACGGGGGAAGUACUGGGCACAUAUCGCAAGAAGAAUCUAUGGCAUCCUGAGAAAGAUUACCUCACGAGAUGCGUACGCGAGCACACGACAUUCGACACGCCCAAGUACCGCGCCGGCCUCCUUGCCUGCUGGGACCUCGCCUGGCCAGAAGCGUUUCGACCUUUGCUACUAGACAAAGUUGACAUUGUCUUCAUACCCACCUGCUGGGUAGCAGACGACGUAGGACCUAUCGGCGAGAAAUGGGAUCCCAAAGCGGAGGGCGAGCGCGCGUAUCUCGACUCACUCGUCAUCACAAGGGCUUACGAAACCGAAUGCUGCAUCGUCUUUGUCAACUGCGGCGGGCCUCGCUCACAGGGCUACAUGGGUCGAAGCGCAGUGGCAAUGCCCUUCUUGGGCUGCGUGGCCAAGCUACCCGAACCCGAUGAGCAACUCGUCGUUGUCGAAAUCGAUCUUGACAUCUUGCCGGAUGCAGAAGCGACGUACAAGAUCAGAGAAGACAAGAUGCGGCAAUUGCGAUGGGCGCAAUCGGAGGAGAACGAUCACUACCGGGACUAG